CCAUAGGAGGCCAUCCACGCGACAGUUUUCGAAUAUCUAGAAGUAUGAAACGAUCUUCACCCCUUAGUUCCAUGCGUGGAUACUAAGAAAUCGCGAGGGUGGAGCUCUUUGUGCCUUAAAUUUUAUGGAUAUCGCCCGGUACCCUUAUCGUAGUUUAAGUAUAGUUAUGUAUUAAAUCUGUUAAAAUGAAGAACGAAGAUAAUGUUACCAAGGAUGACGGGGCCUUGGAUCCAGGUAAUACCGUGGAGCAAGAUGCACUCGUGCCUAUUAUCAUCCCAGAGGGAGCAAGCGAGGUAACCACUGCCUCGUCGUCGGACGACAGGCAUGAUGAACGCAAGAACAAGCAGAUGGACGGCUUGAUGAUGUAUAAAACCGUACUUUUCAUGGACUACCGUCGCUUGAGGCGUAGAUUCAAUGGUAUUCGCCAACCACUAUCAUACAAGAAGGUGUUUCUCAUUGCAUUGUUUUGUAUAUGCCUUGCGUUGGUGCCCUUUGGAUAUUUUAAACAGGAAGAUUCCAAGUACGUAAUUGGCCUGGAAAUACAACGUGGUGUUAUUUCGUAUACCUCUUCUAUCCUGUUCGUAAUUGUUUUCUUCCUCCUUGCCAGGAUACAACUGUCUAUACCCUUCAAGUGGCCCCUGACUAUAUCUUAUGUAUUCAUGUUGGUCACGUUCAUUACCAUGAUCGUUCUGAAGCAUGUGAUCAAUCUAGGUGAUUUCGUAUGGUUGUCAUUGAGUAUCUAUGCCAUACUACAGAUCACCCUUAUUGUAUCCACAAGGUUGGUCAUAUGGCUCGGGCCCUUGUUGGCUUUGAAUGGGUGGUUUUUCCCUUGCACGGAGCAUUUCCAUCUCUUUGAGCGAAUAAGGAAGGGCAGUGACUUAAAUAUCACGAUAUCCCGCUACAACGACUAUUCAGUAAUGUGCGGUGCCAACGGCUGCGGUCUGUGUACGUGUAUAUACCGCGUUACGUAUCGCUGGAUGCGGUGGCUUGUUAAGAAGAUUGUCGCAAGCGAUGGUGUAACCAACUGUACAACACCUUUCUCACAUCAAAUGCGUUAUCGUGGUGAAGUCGAUGAAAAUGAACUACCACACGGAUAUGGUGAAUGGUUAGAAGAUGAUGGCUGCGGUGAACGUCUUCAAGGAUACUGGUGGCAUGGAUAUCCAAUUGGACCAUUCAGCUCACAGGAAAUUGGGUCGGGAUCCAUAUUUGUCAAUACCAGGGUGGCAUUCAUUACCGAUACGCGCCGCCUACAGGGCAAGGUACGAUACGGUGUGUCCUCCACCGAGUGUUCGAUAUCAGGUAACUUCUUCAGGGAGUUCCCACUGACCUAUUUCUUUAACCCGCUGUACAAUGAAAAGGAUAGUCGCAACCCCGGUGGAUUCUACAAGCACUGCAGGUUUUUCAACGUUUUGAAUGAUAAAUUCGCCGGUUUACAAGGUGCUUCGUUCAAGUGGUGUGUCCGUAUGUUGAGGUCACAGUUCUUCCUCAACAUGCCAACCAACACUUCCACAAUAACUGUAUAUGUAGACAAACUGUCCAAAUCGCUUCGUUUGGAUGGUUACAAACGUAUAGGUAAUGUUUCAGACUCGGUACCUUGCAACGAGAUUGCUAUCAAGCUUGCUGGUCGCAAGGAGCCUCCUGUACAUUCACAAAGUGUUUACGAGAAUAGUAGGCCACACCGCCUAUAUGAUAAGCUGGGAAUAGAUAAAGCCGUCGCAGAGGAAUCUAACGAAUCAUCCCAAGAAAUGAACGAUAGCACCGAAGAACCGGUAAAUGUUGUUCCAAACAGAGGUUUAUUGAGUGCACCUCGUUCAACUCAAGGUAAAGAUGGCAUUUCACAUAUUUUCUUGGAUGAGGAUGAUUUGGCAGAUCAGUUACAAGCAUCGGCACCUCAAAUAUCGGUGGAAGGAUGGGCACCCAUCAGAUCAUUCGGUAAAAUGGGAUGUAUCGCCGAUCAGGCUGUAGUCUAUAUCCACGGGUAUAAUGUCAGCUUACAAGAAUCAUGUUCCCAAAUGGCCCAUAUAGUAGCAUUUUCUAAGCUGCCGCCUUAUGUACUACCCUUUGUGUUUAACUGGGACGGUCAGCAUUGGGGACCUUUUGGUGCCCUGGGCUACCCGAAGGCCAAGAGUAUAACCUCGCAUCCCGGUUUGGCUGAGUCGUUCUGUGAGCUGCUUGAUGAGCUGUUGAAGAUGGGUAUCACCAGGUUACACGUAAUUGCCCACUCCUGUGGUGCCAGAGUGUUCUUCAGGGUGUUCAAGGCAGCGAUACGCCGAGGUCUUAUUGUACGCGUACUCGGUGGCGACGGAACACCCUUGGGUAGCGGUCGCAAGGGCGCCGGUAAAAAGGAAACUGGUGGUAUUCGCAUGGAUACUUUGCUGUUGUUAAACCCCGACUAUCCCAUGGAAAGGUUCAGAGAUCAUGAUUACUUCAUAGUACGCAGCUACUGUGACCACAUUGUUAUGUACGUCGAUACACGCGACCACUGCCUAUUCAUUUCUCAAUUGUAUAACUCCGAGGUAUCACUCGGUAUGUCGGUAUUCAGUAUGUCAACAACACCGGAACUGUUAGAAGAGGUUGUGCCUCAACUUGAGAAGGCUGGUUUCGGUCUAUCAUUUAAAGAAGAAAACGGUUCCACCGGCCUCUCAUUUGUGUCAAACUAUACAGUGUAUAAGGGCAAGGUGCAACUACCAAGGAGCACGCAAAUUGCCGGUGCGCCAUCGUUUGCUAUCGAGAUAACAGGCGCACGCAAUGAAAAUACACCCAAUAGAAAUAUCAUGUACAACUCUGUUAUCGCCCCGACACCAACCGAUCUAAUGAUGUCAGCUUCACCCAAAUCGUCCAUGGAUGAAACGCCAUAUGGUAUACCACGCUUAAGCGAUGAUCUAGGUAUGGAAAGCCGUCACUUGUGGCUGGAUAUGGAUGUCAUAGAUACCACUAUGAUCGACACGAAUGUUGAUUUCCUUAAGCACUCACUGUACCAAAUGAAACGUGAAAUUAUGGAUGAUAUGCGUGAGGUCAUUUUGAUGAAGAUAAGAGCUGAACAACGACAAACACGUUUGGACCGUCGUCGUGGAAAUGUAUUCGUCUUUAGAGUGGCUCCAGCUGCUGUCAAUCACUUAUUCAGGAACUAAAAUGUAUCAUAUUUUGGAAAACCUAUAUCA